AUGAGAGCUAGCACCGUCGACGAGGCGCUCUUCAAGGAACUCAACCGUCACUGGGACGAUACCGACGAUGACGAUAACUUCGAUGGAUCGAUCAGUUCCAUCUCCACAUCCAACAUCCCCGACUGCUCCGCGUACAAGAUGGCCAAGUACGCUCGCGACAGCCCGACUGAGGAAUCAUGCCUCAUCUACACCAAGUACGCCGAUGCGAGGGCCAAGCAGAAGUGCAAAUUUGAGACCGGUCAGGUGAAGGUCUCUGGCGCUACAAUGUCUCGCGGCUCAGCCAUCCGGGAGCUCAUGAAGGCAUGCAUCGGCAAGCCUCGACUAGUCGCCGCCACCUCCGCAGCCUCUCAGCGCGAGGUCAUUCAGCGUAUUCUAGGGCUGUCAGAUGCAGACAAGUUUGACAUGGUCCUUUUCGAUGAGGCCUCGCAAGCUACUGAGGCGUCUUUGAUGCUGACUCUGACCACGGAAUGGUUCCUUGACGUGGGGCUAGUUGUCUUGGAUGGCGACCAUCUUCAACUCUCACCCGACAUCAAGUCUGAGGCUGAAAGCCCCUUCGGUAACAUUCCCGAGAUCUCACCCCUUGAGCGCUCUAUAAGGUAUACCAUGACCGGCCUGUUAUCAACCUCAUUUGUAGUCACCGUUGUCAUUACCGGAUAUGCAAACACGCCUCUGCGAUGA